GUUAUCACCAGGCGCGCGUUGCUUCAGGCUCGCGGGUCGCCCCUCCCCGUCCCAAAAAGGCAGCCCCUUCGACGGACGCAGAGAGACAGAAAGAGGUUGCUUGGGUAGACUCGGGGUUCUAUCCCACGCAGUUCUGGAGCAGUGUCUGUCGAAGCGAACCCUCAUUCUUGCUUUGCGUCGUCGGUCUGCUGUAUCUUCCUUUGUCGCGGUCUGCGUGGCCAAAGAAUUGCAGUGGAGAGGCUUGAACUAACUCGACGAGAAGCCCGCAACUUCAACGAAAGUCGGAAGGACCCUGUGCGUAGGUGUCGCCCUCAAGUUAAGAGAUAGCAGGGUAUUUGUCGCGACGCCAUUCGCUGCCAUUCGAUUCUCCUAAGAAAACGGGAGAGCACUUGAAGGCGUCGAAAAUGUACUAUCCGGGAAACGGAAAUCAACCAGGGUCCCUGCCCACAUUACCACCGAUCGGCAUCCCAGGCCGGCACGGCCCACGAGGGCAGCCAGAGUAUCCACCGGAGGCGCCGAACGGAGCACAACAACAACAACAACAACAGCGGCGACCACAGCAGCAUCUUCCCCCGGAAGCGUUUCGAUAUGGCCAUUCGCGGAUGCUCCCUCCUCCCUUCCCAAGCCCGCACUUCGUUCACUCGGGUCCACCGCCUGAUCAUUCUACCUCGUAUGGACAUCUAUCGGCAGCACCGAGCCCGGCCCGGCCGAUGCAGCGGUCUGAAAAUGCACUAUUGCCACGAAUGAAAGUGGAUGGGAAGGGGUAUGAACCCGAAGGGCGUGAUAACGGUGGGGGCAGUUCUGGAUACCUCCCACCUGGUGGGUGGAGUGAGAGAGAAUGGCCAGGUAACUCGAACGCAUAUGUCGAAUCGCCGAUGGGCGCUCGGAGAGGAUCUAGGCAAAGUGAUCAUGGACGAGACCCUAGAGAUACCAUGACAUCUCGCGAGCUGUCGACAUUGAUGCAUACGCAGCCUUCUGUGUCUUUUGAUCCGCGGGAUAGAGUGCAGCAGCCUGCCAAUGGAAGAUCGACGAGGGCAGAAAUCGAUGUCAGAAGGGGUGGGGAGUCGUCUGUUGCGAAACAUGAUUCUCAGCAGGCCCCACAUCCCGUCUCGAGAGACUCACGGUACGCGCUGGAAAGCAGGCCGCCAUCCAAUUACGACAAUAGCCACGGACGCCCGAGUGUCGGAUCACACAUCUCACAUCCGCAGAGUACGGUGCCCACUUCACACCCAUCCGAACAGCCAGGGACUAAAUCAUCUACGGACGGCGAAGCACGAGCAUCGAAUAAGGUCGUUGAAUCAUUACGACACGAGCCACGACAGCGCACUCGCACUUCGAAUCUGAAUGUUCCCGUCCUCCCCACACCUGUCGCAACUCCGAAUGCCUCCCGACCCGGCACGCCAGGGCCGACGGUCGGCGCAAAAGUGUCCCCAGAUUCACCGUGGGCCCCGAAACUCCCGCCGGCGAUAUUGCAGUCUCGUGCUCCGAUCAGCAGAGAUGAGUUUAUGAAGGUUUUGGACGCGCAUGUGGCGAAGGAUGUUCCUGCCGUUGAGGCGCCUGAUGCCGGCGCGAACUCGGUGGGAACGAAGAGGAAAUGGGACGAGGUUGCUGGGCCUUCUUCAACCGUGGAGGAGCCUUUGAUGUCGAUCACUAGAAGAGGGGAGACGGAGGAUGAUGAGGAGUUCACUGAACGGUUAGAGAGAUGGCUCCAAGGAUCGAGAGAACGGCUCAUAUUAUGCACAACGUCACUCCUGAACAGACAUGUCAAUAACCUACACACUAAGUUGCACGACACCCAGAAUCUAACACAAGAAACAUCCGACACCCUUGUCCUCAUCCGCGCAUACCUUGCCGCCGAGAAACGGGACAACCGCGACCUCCUCGAACGCAAUCGAAUCGUCAAAGGCCUCAACGACCGCAUCAUCGAUCUUGAAACUCGUUUGCGGAAGUACACCGCCACCAUCGUUCCUACAUCAUCAACCACCAAACCCUCAUCGUCCGCCGAUUCAAAUCCCGCAACCACCGACACCCAAAAGACUGUAGAAAAACUUCAACGAGAAAACAACGCGGCAUCGGACCGAAUACAGGAUCUGGAAUCCGUGUAUGCCGACCUUGUCCGUGAACGGCGCGAGGACGACAUGAAGGCGCGGCAGGUGCUGAACGUGAUUCUAGGCGGACGGGAUUGGGGCGUCGAUAUCCGGGACGACCAGUGUAUACACGAGAUCUUAGAUGCGUUAAGUGAUAGGCCAUAGCGGUGGAUGGGCACACCUUUAUGUAGCUGUUGAAGUCCAGCGCGUCGUACAGUCCCCUCACUUGGCUCCCAUCAUGAUAUUCAUAAUCCUGCGAUCCCAUCGGAUCUCUCACACACACCUGUACCAUAGCCCUCUUCAUAGUGUCUUCCACGAAUAUGCCGGACAUGCCCGAGAUGACCCAACGCGUAGUUCAAAGCCACAUACGCCACAUCCCCUGCGCCACCCCAAAUUCUGCAAAUAAAAGCAACGUCCGCUCAGCAGCCUGGCUAGAAAAAAUGCUUUACACGCACGCUCAUUAUCCAUGGGGGCAGGGAAAACAAACACCGACUCUCUAUUCCCGGGAAAGGCGAGGCUAGAACGAUGUCUACGCUUAUCUUAGCUGCCGGUUAAUGGGCUCUCCUUUUUGGGG